AUGGGAUCUCAACAUAUAUUAAUUAACGGAGCCGGUCCAGCAGGCUUAUCUUUAGCAAUUGCACUCGCCAAACGCAGUAUCCGAUCGACUGUCUUUGAGAUUCGGUCGACACCAACAACAAUGGGUGGCGCAAUUAACCUGGCGCCGAAUGCACUACGUGUGCUCGAUCAGACGAUCGGCAUUUAUGAUCAGAUUCGUCAUUUGGGAUUCGAGUACGAAUACAUAGAAUUCUAUUCGGAUGAUGGUUGGAGACUUGGUGGUGUAGCGAAUGGUGAUCGACAAGCAUAUGGAUAUCCUGCUUUACGAAUUUAUCGAGCAGCCAUUUUGGAAGCGUUGUUAAAAUGUAUUAAUGACUAUUCCACUCUGAUUACCAUACGUUGGGGUAGUUCGAUCAACAAGAUUGCAGAGUCUGAUACAGGUGUUGAGGUUACAUUACACGAUGGAAGUACAAUAAACGGAGACAUUCUCGUAGGAGCUGAUGGAAUCCACUCAAAAACACGAGAGUAUGUGUUAGGUGAUCGGGCACCUACACCAAUAUACGGCGGUCAGUAUGGUAUUGGUGGCUGUGUUGAACGGAAUGAAAUUGACUGGCAAAACUUCACACUUCCAGCGUUGCUGUUUUCCCAUCGUGGAGCCGUGCUUUUAUUUCCCUUUACACCAGAUGGAAAUAAUAUUGGAUGGGCAAUUCAGAGUACUGUGCCUGAAAAAACUCGAGAAGGUUGGAUAGAAUAUUUAAAUUCGGGAGUGGCACUGGAAGACGUACGCAAACAAUAUGCCGACGCAGGACAAGUAAGUCUUUUAAUGAUCUGA